AUGUACAAAAUAUUAGUUCCUGUAUGGGCUAUUACUGCAACGUUAUAUUUUAUCACAAUAAAUGGUACUAGUAUAACUGCAAGUGAUAUUGAAACAGGACAAGUUCAAUUAACUCAAGAUCAAUAUAAUGGAUUAGUUGAGUGUGAUAAAAAUGUUCUUGAAGUGUCAUAUGAUUUGAUUAUUAAACCACCAACUAAUUGCUGGACAAGUUACAAUAAAUUUAUGACAGCAAAUAUACAAAACUUCAAAGAUUGGGCAAAUAGAAAUUGUCGCAAUUACAUUGGUUGUUGGUGUUGUCCACAAGGAGAUUUAUGUGUUACAUUUAUUGUUAAAUUUGAUUUUUGGCAUUGUUUUAUAAUUCCACCACCUAUACUUGUAAAAACAAUACUUGUAUUUGAGCCAGAAUCAGAAAUUGCUGCUCAAUAA